GUUAAGCUUUCACUAUCUCUCUCUCUCUCGCUUACUCUCUCUCUCACAUACGCUUCUCUCUCUCUCCCUCACUUACGCUUUCUCUCCCUAUCACUUACGCUUUGUCUAUCUAUCUCUCUCACUUACUCUCUCUCUCUCUCUCUCUCUCUCUCUCACACACACACACACACACACGAAUAAGGUCUAGUUUGUGUGCAGGGGUAUCGCAGGAGGAGACGCGUGGUUCGCAACACAGCAGUGUGCGGUUCAGAUCCGCUUUCAGGAGUACCUCACCUGUGGUGGAUGUUUUUCUUCUGCUUCUGCACUCGACUAGCAGAAAAAAAAACUGAAGUAAAAGUUGUGCCUAAAGAUUUAGCUCUUUUUUAAAGACUAUUAUAUUAUCAAACCAAGAAGCACUGACUCCUGCGAAUGAUUGACACGACAGCGCUGAUCUGCCCCGCAGUCAGAAGGGUUGAAGGUGUUAAUACCUGCCGUGCAUCCUGUCGGUCUGUCUGUCUUUAUCUCGGAACAUGGUUACAGUUCCACACAUAGACGGUAAAAUAAUGUUCCGAAGAUGCCUGGUCACGUUCAAACCUUUUAGGAUCUUUGUGGUGGGGAUCGGAUUCUUCAGCCUGUGCUUCUUAAUGACGUCUCUGGGGGGGCAGUUCUCAGCCAAGCGACUGGGAGACUCUCCCUUUACCAUCCGAGCAGAAGUACUCGGGGGCCUGGAGUCCCGAGGGGUGCUGCGGAAAAUCAGCGACAUGCUUGAAGUGAUAAUGAAGCGGAUCGACUCCCUCUCGAAGCGGGACAACAUGAGCGACACACGCAUACUGGACGAGCUGAGCUCCGCCAUAGACAGGUUCCAGCCGGCCGGUCUGAUCGAGCGAAUCCAGGCGAUCGCACAGAACGUGUCCAACAUGGCAGUGAAGGUGGAGCAGAUCUUCCAGAACAGCCUGGCUGCAGGCAGAGUUAGAGAUGGAAGAGCCAAUCGCUGUGAGGCUCCUCAAGAUCCCAAAUACCCUGACUGCACCAGCAAACUGGAUUGGAUGAGAGCCCGCUGGACCUCGGACCCAUGCUAUGCUUUCUAUGGGGUGGAUGGCAGCGAGUGCUCCUUCCUGAUCUACCUCAGCGAGGUGGAGUGGUUCUGCCCGCCCCUGCCCUGGAGAAACCACACCGCCCCGACCACCCCCAAACCCAGGGGCAAGCGGCAGGCGGCAUUCCGCACGGAUAUCGGGGCCCUGCUGGAGCAGGUGGGCACUGGGAAGGAGUCUCUGAUCUUCAUGAAGAGGCGGAUCAGGAGGCUGGCAGGGCAGUGGGGUCAGGCUGCAAACAGACUGGGGGAAAAACUGAAGAGGAGCUGGAGGGAGAGGAAGAAGAUUUUGGUGCACGUUGGGUUCCUGACCGAGGAGUCGGGGGACGUGUUCAGCCCCAAGGUGCUGAAGGGGGGGCCGCUGGGGGAGAUGGUGCAGUGGGCAGACAUCCUGACUGCUCUCUACACACUGGGGCACAGCCUGAAAAUCUCCAUCUCUGCCAAGGAGCUGCAGGGCUUUCUGGGUGUGCCACCAGGACGAGGAAGCUGCCCCCUGACUGGACCGUUGCCCUUUGAUCUCAUCUACACUGAUUACCACGGGCUGCAGCAAAUGAAACAGCACAUGGGCCUGUCCUUGAAGAAGCACAAGUGCCACAUACGAGUCAUUGACACGUUUGGAACGGAGCCCGCAUACAACCACGAGGAAUACGCCAUGCUCCACGGAUACCGCACCAACUGGGGUUACUGGAACCUCCACUGCAAACAGUACAUGACCAUGUUCCCUCACACUCCAGAUAACUCCUUCAUGGGGUUUGUGUCGGAGGAGCUGAAUGGGACACAGAAGGAAUACAUUCAGAGGAACAAAGUGAACAACAUGGCUGUAGUGUAUGGGAAGGAGGCCAGCAUGUGGAAGGGGAAGGAGAGGUUUCUGCAGAUCCUGCAUCGCUCCAUGGAGAUCCACGGCACGGUGUACUAUGAGACGCAGCGCCCCCCGGAGGUCCCUGCCUUUGUGAAGAAUCACGGCCUGCUGCCCCAGAAUGACUUACAGCAGCUCCUCCGCAGAGCCAAGCUCUUUAUCGGGUUUGGCUUUCCCUACGAAGGCCCGGCCCCUUUGGAAGCCAUAGCCAAUGGAUGCAUCUUUCUGCAGCCCAAGUUCCGCCCAUCCCACAACUCCCUAAACCACGAGUUCUUCAGAGGAAAGCCCACAUCGAGAGAGGUCUCAUCCCAGCACCCCUAUGCAGAGCAGUACAUUGGGAGGCCCCAUGUUCUCACUGUGGACUACAACAACUCUGAAGAGUUUGAGUCUGCCAUCCGAGAGGUCAUGACAACCAAGGUGGAGCCUUACCUGCCCUAUGAGUACACAUGUGAGGGGAUGCUGGAGCGGGUUCACGCCUACAUCCAGCACCAGGAUUUCUGCAUCCCAGGUGUUUCCAUCGGGAAUGAUUCUAAAGUCUGGCCUAGGAACAGCUCCAGUCACUUUGUCCGUUUGCCGAACUCCAGCGGCCUGGCCUGGGCUGGGAGUGUGGCCGGCCCCUCCACCUGGCCCCCCCUGAGUGCCAUGAGGCUGCUGCUGUCGGAGGAGGGGCAGUCCUGCGUUGAGCAGUGCCAGGACCACAGCCUGGUCUGUGAACCCACCUUCUUCCACUUCAUCAACAGCAAGGAGGCGUUCACCCAGCUCCAGAUCCAAUGCGAUGCUCUCGAGUCUGAAAUGAAUCACAUCUACCCAGCUUUCUCCGUGAGCAGGCGGGACUGCUGCCUCCAGAAGGAGCCAUUGCUGUUCAGCUGCGCCGGGUUCCACAGCAAAUUCCAGAGGCUAUGCCCCUGCAGAGACUUCCGCAAGGGCCAGGUGGCACUCUGCAGGGACUGCUUAUGAUGGAACCCCUGAGAGCAGGGCAGCCCUGCGACACAGGGCUCCUGGACAGCUCUGAACGCCUGAGAGCAGGAGAGUCUGUCCAUAUGGGCAGCUCUUUGAGACUUUCACACAACUUGACAAGUCAACCUGAAGGAAACAACAAACUCAUGAUGUCAUCACACAGCUGGUUCCUCCACUGUUUCAGUCCCAGCCCUGAGUUCCAGCAACACGACUGUUAAACACUGCUCAAGCUCGAUAUAACCUGGGCAUGAUCAGAGCUGCAAUGAUGCACACUGUCCCUGCCCACAAGGGCUAUCUGACAUGAUCGGAGCUGCACUGAUGCACACUGUCCCUGCCCACGAGGGCUAUCUGACAUGAUCGGAGCUGCACUGAUGCACACUGUCCCUGCCCACGAGGGCUAUAUGACCCCCAGGGACCCAGGCAGCUGCAGGAACCCCUCCUGGAAGCAUUACACAGGAAACAUCACUGUUUCUUUAUCAAAGAAGGAGCACUUUGUUACUGUAAAGAAAGAGAUUGUGGUACAAUGUGAACCUUACAGGCUGAGAGAAGAUAUUUUUGGAAUUGAACUAAAGGAGUUGAAAUCUCGGGUUGUACAGAACAAAAGGGAACAAAUAUUAUUAUUUUAUUUAAUUUACUUUAGUGCUUCCAGUCAGUGCAAUAAUUAUAAUAAUAAUAAGAAGAAGAAGAAGAAGAAGAAGAAGAAGAAUAAGAAUAAUAAUAGUAAUAAUAAAAAGUAUAAUUUUUU